UUUUAAUUUCCCGAACGUGUUUUCUAAAAGGAAAUAUAUUUAUAAUAAAAAUAGAUAUAAGUAAAUGUCAACGAGGCAUUAGUAAAAUUUAAAAUAUUUUCCAGCCGCGAAAACUCGGCGAUGCCGAGCAAUAAACGUCAAUUACCGACUAUUAUUAAUAUUUACAAUGCACAGUAAUGUGGUUGUAGCGGGUGCGCGCUGACUGUGGGGGUAGGCGAGGGUAUAUACCAGCGGCCAACGGGGCGCCUAGUCAGUUCGCUCUCAGCGUUUGGGGUGGCAACAUCGGUAGUCUUCUCGGCGGUACAACUACCACGCGCUCGUGUGCUCUAAUCCGGGGUGUGACAUUGUAACAUGCUACUGUAUGGACUUUUAUCGCUGUGAGAAAAAUGGCUUGUAAAAUUUUCGGGUUUCUUGUGGUUUUGGUGUUGGCCAGUGCGAGCGGCAACGACUUUGUGCCUACGGAUAGUUCUUCGCAGCCCCUGCGAUACGAAGCCCCGGAUGACUGCCAGUGGUGGGUGCGAGAACCAGUCACGGCGGGCGGCCAAGACGAAGUCGCGUUGACGUGCAAUUUAAGGACCAUCAACAGCGAGUUUGACACCACCAAUUUCAGCGUGAUUCCCUCCGAGCACACCACUUCCCUCAGGAUUGAAUGCAAUGCGGACAUAAUGUCUCGCAGUAGUUUGGACGACAAGAGCUUCGUGCAUCUCACUAAACUUAGAGCUCUGGAACUGGAGCACUGCAAGCUGGGGAGAUGGCCGGCUGGAACUUUGUUGGGAUUACGUGAUCUUAGAAACCUCACUGUGCGAACACACAACACGGAAUGGCCUGCCAUGAAUUUGGAUUUCUCAAGAGACAGCUUUGCUCCUGUCAGACAGCUAGAAAGGCUGGAUCUAAGCUGCAACAAUAUAUGGUCGUUCCCGGAAAACAUUUUCUGCCCCUUGAUUAACCUAGUCGCCCUAAACGUAAGUGAGAAUAGACUUCAAGACGUCAGCGAUCUGGGAUUUAGGGAAAAGGCCCCGGGACUGCCGCAGCCUCUGAUAAGUGUCGCAGACGACGACCCCCAGCAGCACCCCGAGGCUACACGCACGUUUGCACACCCUUGCAGUUUAGACAUUCAGGUACUUGACACCUCAUUUAAUCAUUUCGUUUUAAUACCCGCGAACGGCUUCAGUGUCCUACGUAGAUUGCGUGAACUGUACAUACACAAUAACGAAAUAUCCAUGGUGGCAGAUCGCGCUCUAGCAGGUCUCAAAGCUCUGCAAAUAUUUGACCUGUCGAACAACAAAGUAGUGGCACUGCCUUCUGAACUAUUCAAAGACAGUGUCGGUUCCAUCAAAGAGAUUUAUUUACAGAAUAAUUCCAUUAGUGUGUUAGCCCCUGGAUUAUUCGCGAAUUUAGAGCAGCUACUGGCGCUAGAUCUAUCCAGAAAUCUUUUGACUAGUUCCUGGAUUAACGCUGACACGUUCUCAGGCCUCAUUAGACUUGUCUUACUGAAUCUGUCUUACAAUAGAAUAACGAAAUUGGACCCGUCGUUCUUUAGGGAUUUAUAUACACUGCAAAUUCUAAAUUUAGAGCACAACUCUGUGGAAACAAUCCCGGCCGACACGUUUGCCCCUAUGAAUAAUCUGCACACGUUGAUAAUUUCGUAUAAUAAAAUCACGUACCUCGACGCUUACUCUCUCAAUGGCCUGUACGUUCUCUCUUUGUUAGCUCUGGAUAAUAACCUGCUGGAAGGAAUCCACCCUGAAGCUUUCAGAAAUUGUUCCAGCUUGCAGGAUCUAAAUUUAAACGGUAACUUACUAAAAGCUGUUCCCCUGGCGCUCAAGGAUAUGCGUCUGAUGAGAACCGUGGAUUUGGGAGAGAACCUCAUCACCUCCUUGGAAGAACCCGGCUUCAGGGGUAUGAGCAACUUGUACGGCUUGAGACUCAUAGGAAACCGCUUGCAGAAUAUCAGCAAACGCGUUUUUUCGGACCUGCCCGCUUUGCAGAUUUUAAAUUUGGCUCGAAAUAAAAUCCAGAAGGUCGAGCAGGGGUCUUUCCAGGCCAGCCCUAAUCUGCAAGCCAUUCGACUGGACGCUAAUCUCCUCACCGACGUCAACGGAUUAUUUUCUGAAAUUCCUAGUUUACUCUGGCUGAACAUAUCCGAUAAUCAGAUCGAGUGGUUCGACUACGCAUUAAUUCCGCAAGGCUUGCAGUGGCUAGACAUGCACAAAAAUAAAGUACGAGAACUUGGCAACCACUACAACCUCGAUUUUGAACUGCGGCUGCAAACGCUGGACGCCAGCUUUAAUAAACUCACAAAGAUAAACGCCGCCGCAGUGCCGAGCGGCAUUGAAUUAUUAUUCCUAAACGACAACCUCAUAUCGAUUGUGGAGCCGCACACGUUCAUAAAGAAAACAAACCUGACCAGAGUGGAUCUGUAUGCUAAUCAGAUAAUAAGCAUGGACCUCAACGCGCUCCGGCUCACUCCGGUGGAUCCGGAACGGCCGCUGCCGGAAUUCUACAUCGGGGGAAAUCCAUUCCAGUGCGACUGCACCAUGGAGUGGCUGCAGCGUAUAAAUAAACUGGACCACCUGCGGCAACACCCGCGCGUUAUGGACUUGGAGAGCAUAUACUGCAAGCUGCUCUACAAUCGCGACAGUAAUUACCUCCCGCUGAUAGAAGCCGAGUCCUCUCAAUUCCUCUGCACAUACAAGACGCACUGUUUCGCGCUGUGCCACUGUUGCGACUUCGACGCCUGUGACUGCGAGAUGACCUGCCCCACGAACUGCACCUGUUAUCACGACCAAUCCUGGUCAGCCAACGUCGUGGAGUGCUCGGGGGUAGGGUACACCGAGAUGCCCAGCAGAAUCCCUAUGGACGCGACUGAGGUCUAUCUGGAUGGGAAUAACUUUGGUGAGUUAUCCAGUCACUCGUUUAUAGGCCGUAAGAAUUUGAAAGUUUUGUACGCCAAUAACUCGAAUAUAGCCGCAAUUUACAACCACACGUUCAGCGGAUUGCGGAGACUCACGAUAUUACAUUUAGAAAAUAACAGGAUAAAGGAACUGCUAGGUUUCGAGCUUGCGAGCUUAGAAUACUUGCGCGAGCUUUAUUUACAGGGCAAUAUGAUACACUUUAUCGAUAAUAGGACUUUCUUGGAGCUGAAGCAAUUGGAAGUUCUCCGCUUGGACGGCAAUCGCCUGCAUUCGUUUGAAGUGUGGCAAUUUGCGCUUAACCCGUAUCUCGUGGAAAUUGGACUGGCUUAUAAUCAGUGGUCCUGCGAUUGCCAAUACGUCUCAAAGUUUAAAACGUGGCUUCAAGUCAAUCAUGGAAAAGUGGGAGACGCGAAUAAAAUCACCUGCAUGUACAACAAUAUAACUAAAGCCCUAGGCCCGCUCAUGACGGACUUUAAUAACACUUCCUGUGUUAAUUCGUACGCUGGCAGCAAUAGAGCGGUGGUCGAGACCCAGGCGAUGAACGACUACCUGCCGCUGCUACUCGGCACGAUGUGUGUUUUCAUAGCCAGCGUUGUUAUUGUUUGUGGCGCUUUCUACUAUCGCCGGGAAUUGCGCGUGUGGAUUUACUCGCGAUGCGGAUUAAGAAUGUGCUAUAAAACAACGGCUUUCGAGGAACAACAAGAUAAGGACAGACUUUUCGACGCGUACGUCAGUUACAGCGUGAAGGACGAGGCUUUCGUUAGCCAAGUAUUAGCCCCGGGGCUGGAGUCCGGGGAUCCGGGCUACAGACUGUGUCUGCACUACAGAGAUUUCAACGUCUCGGCGUACGUGGCCGACACCAUCAUCGAAGCGGUGGAGUCGUCGCGACGCACCAUAAUAGUGCUCUCAAAGAACUUCCUCCAUAACGAAUGGUGCCGGUUUGAGUUUAAAUCCGCUUUGCACGAGGUUCUGAAGGACCGCAGGCGCAGGUUAAUUUUCGUCGUGACCGGCGAACUGCCCCACAGAGACUUAGACCCCGACUUGCGUCUGUACUUAAAGACGAACACGGUGAUUGAAUGGGGCGAUCGCCAGUUCUGGCAGAAGUUGCAAUUCGCUAUGCCCGACAUCAGGAGGCCCUGCGUCCACCAGAGGUCCUCGGUGAAUAUCUACGCAACGGCCACUCCGUCCCAUCAGGACCGUGCCCGGAGUCCGGCGUUGCCGCCUCCCCCGCCCCCGGGGAAGCUGCCACCGUUCCUGCAACAUUCCUCAAGCCUGCCCAGGGACACAAGGACAAUGCCGCAUCCUUUGUGGGCGUAG